AUGUCGUCUUCGUUGAGGGCUCCUGAACCUUUUUCUUUCGGGGCCAGUGAUUUGGCGGCCCAGUGGGGUAUUUGGCGUCGACAGUUUUCGUGGUACUUGGUGGCUACAAAUGGCGGCCUUAACGUGGAUGAAGAGCAAAUGGUAGGAGUGCUCAUCACUCUUCUUGGCAGUGAGGGCCUCAAGAUCUACGAUACUUUUGUGUUCAAUCCCGCCUCCGAUGCCAGAAAAAUUGAGCCGGUUUUAGACAAAUUCACUGCCCAUUUUGAGCCCCGACGUAGUGAGGUUUUAGAGCGUUUUAAAUUCCUGCGUCGUUAUCAACUCCCUGGUGAAACUUUUGAUUCGUGGUUGAUUGAUCUUCGUGGCCUAGUGAACUCUUGCGGCUAUGGCACUGGUGUCGAUUCGGUCUUACGUGACCAGAUAGUGCUCGGUGUGGCUGAUCCUUUCGUCCGUGAAAAGCUGCUGUAUGAAAAAGAUUUGCAGCUCGCCACAGCGUGUGAAAUUGUGCGUGCGUGUGAGUCAUCUAAAGCCCAGCUCAGCCAAAUCGCCACAUCGUCGAUAGCAGAAGCCGCUCACGCCAUUCAGAGCCGACCUGGUGGCCGGACGGUUGAGAGAAAGCCGGAAUCGUCGUUCAGAGCUCAGCAUGAGCAGCAGCCGUCCGCUAAUCAACACUCAGCCCAGCAGUAUCCCAAGUGUAAAGAUUGCGGCCGGCCUCAUCGGAAAAAUCAGUGUCGAGUCACCAAUUUCACGUGUUUUAAUUGUGGUGUGGUCGGCCAUAUAUCCCGUUGCAGCCCGAAUCCCCCCAAGUCCCGCCAGAUGUCAGCACGUCCAGCACCGAGCCCCGCGGCCAAGGUUCAUGCUGUGGAGGAGGAGACGCACUGGAUUGGUGAUGUUGAUCGUGGCGGUACGGCGAUGGCCCUCCCGCGGUCAGUUGAAGAAAGUUACUACGUCUCUCAUGCCCUGACGUCGUCUGGUAGUGAAUCUGAGUGGCGCCAAGACGUGACGGUAGAUGGCGUUAAAGUUAACUUCAAGCUUGAUUCGGGCGCCACAUGCAACAUUCUGCCGUAUGAGUCAUUUGCUCGGCUGCCCAAAACGCGCCGCUGUCUUCGCCCGGGGCCCAUUGUUCGCAGUUAUCGUUCCCAAGAUGGCCUCUUACGAGUGCUAGGUUUGCACACGGCCAAGGUGGUUCACAGAGGCGCUUUAUUUGUUAUCGACUUUGUCGUGGUUGACGAACCUGGCCAGCCACCCUUUCUAGGACUCCGGUCUUGCGACAAGCUGAACUUGAUUCGGCGAGUCGAUGCUGUUCAGUCGCCAGUCGAAGCUCCGCUGCCGCCAAUCGUCGUGGAAUUUAUGGACGUCUUCGAAGGAUUGGGCAAUUUACCUGUCGAACAUGAAAUUAGGCUGCUGUCAGGUGCUAAUCGCGUGGAUCCUGUUGUAUGUGCAGCCAGUCGACUCCCGUUCCGGCUGGAGGAUCGCGUUUUCAAGAAGUUGGACGAAAUGGUCAACGACAAAAUCCUCAUCCCCGUGCAAGAGCCAACUGAGUGGGUCAGCCGCAUGAUGGUGGUGGGAAAACCGGACGGUGAUGUCCGUAUCUGUCUGGACCCGUUUGAACUAAACAAGGCUAUCCAACGUCAACAUUUUGCCGUCCCUACCAUUGAGCAGCUGUUCAGCAAGUUGGGUAAGGCUCGAUAUUUUUGCAGCCUUGAUGCUGCGUCUGGUUUCUAUCAGAUUCCUUUGUCUGAUGCAGCCUCCUAUUUGUGCACGAUGGCCACUCCGAAAGGCCGUUACCGCUUCCUACGGCUGCCGUUUGGGUUGAAGUCAGCCCCUGAAAUUUAUCUUCAGACGAUGAACGACUUGUUUGGAGACCUGCCCGGUGUACUCAUCUAUUUUGAUGAUUUCCUUGUAACGGGUGAAACGGAAGAGGAACUACUCGCCAACCUUCGUCAAGUGUUUGAGCUCCCGUGGCUAGGCCAUGUCAUUGGCCAGGGAAUUUUAAAGCCGGACCCUCUCAAAAUUUUGGCGAUUGUGGAAAUGCCUGAUCCGACUUGUCCGGCUGAUCUCGUCCGUCUCCUGGGCAUGGUGACAUACCUGGACAAAUUCUGCCAAAAUCUUGCGGGUCUGACACGACCCUUACGUGACUUACUCAAAGCAGACGCAGCGUGGGUAUGGGAAGAGCCCCAGAAGAUGGCCCUUGGUCAGCUUAAAAGUGCAUUGUCGUCUCUUCCAGUGCUACGACUGUUUGACCACUCGCUGCCCUUGGUCGAAUCAGUUGAUGCGUCUCCCGUCGGAAUCGGCGCAGUGUUGCUUCAAAAUAACCAGCCGAUCGCGUACUCAUCAACGUCGUUAACCGUCACUCAAAAACGGUACUUUCAGAUCGAAAAGGAGCUGUUGGCGGUCCAGUUUGGACUCAUGCGCUUCCGGCAGUACGUCUAUGGCCAAAUGGUGGUGGUUGAAACCGAUCACAAGCCGUUGGUUGGCCUCCUGGACAAGCCCAUUGCCUCUUGUUCCCCGAGAAUCCAGCGGAUGCGUCUACAACUCCAACGAUUCGAUUUCAAGCUAGUCUACAAGCCGGGCAAGGAGCUGUUUAUCGCCGACACGCUUAGUCGGGCUCCGUCGCCCCGCCUCUUUACCGAUGACGUCACUCAAGACUUUUGCUGCAGCAAAAGAUUGGCGGACGGGCGAGCUUUUCGUCGGACGCGCCGCGACAUAAAUAUUGACAACUCGCCGUCGGCAGGAUUGGCCGUGGGUCAACAGAGUGGUGGUGCUGCUGUAGUCCCGUCAGCUGUUCGCGGUUAUCGCCCCGCCCCUACUAAUCAUCUACUGCCGGCCCUGUCUUGGUCUCCGCCUGCCCGCGCUGUGAAUUUUCCAGUUGCCCAGCCGCUUCCGGUAGCCCUGGGUCAACCGUCAACGACACCACAGCCUCCGCCAGUAGUUGUCAACCCGGCGCCCGGCCCGGCAUCCCCUGCUAGGCCACGUACGGCGCCCGUCUCAACCGACCAGCGUGCUGCCGUCCAGCGGCCCUCUGUCCAGCCCCCCCCCCUGACUGUGUCAAGUCCGCUGGCCGUCGCGCCUCAUCGUCCGGGAUCGACUCGCUCUGGUCGCCCUUACCUCAAGCCGCCUUAA